AAAACCUUGGUGCGUCUUAUACUCCUGUGCGUCUUAUAUUCAAAAAAAAUAUGGUAUGUACUUGAAAACAUUCUAUGAAUUGGAAAAAGGAUCCUUCAUGGAAAUCUAUGCUAGGCUACCUGAACAAGUAUAAUAGAAAAUCAUGAUUUUGACAUUCUGUACCCUGUGGCCUUGUCAUUUUGUAAUUAGUUAAUAAAAAAUAUGAGAAAAACCCUUCCUUUUACCUGUUCCUAUUGUAUGAACAAAUUAGCCUCUGUUCUCUCAGAUUUUAAAUAUUUUUAUUGGAAUAAUUCUUUUCUUAAUCUCAGUUUUUAUCUAUACAUCGGAAAGCUACCCUAGAAAAGUACAUUUUCAUGAUUGGCUAGCCAUUUGUUUAAUAAAAUGUAAACAUUUAAAAAAUUAUAUAUGUGUUUGUGUGUUAUAUAAAUAUUUAAUUGUCUCACUUUUUCAAACAGAUUUGAAAAGUUAUCCAAUUGGCUCACAGAAAAGCUUGACUAUGUGGCAAAGCGUGUGAUAGAAACAAAAAGUGCACAGGAGGAGAUGGAUGACAUGCAGGAUAUAUAUGACUCUACACAUAAAGCUUAUGCAAGAGAACUGGCAAUUUUAGAAGAAACAUUGAAAAAAGAAAGUGAUAAAAGAGAAAUGCUUCAGAUUGAACUUGACAAAAUUACAGCCUUAUAUGAAAAUUUACUGGAAGCCAAUGAACUAUUUCUGAGCGAGUCAAAGCAAACCCUUGAAACUAUGAAAAAAUCCUAUAACAAGUUAAAAAAGGAGAAUGACCGUCUCGAUAAAGAAAUAAAGAAGUAUACUGAGCGUCUGAAACAUCUCACUUCCAAGCUGCAAAAAAAAACAGCCUAUUAUAAGAAACAUGAAGCUAAGUUAACAACAGAAAUCGGAGAAAUCGAGGAAGAAUAUGACUCUAAAACAAAACGUGUGGAAGAAAUUGAAGAAAAACUACAAAAGAAUGUUCCCCUUGCAGAAGAAUUACAAAAAGAAUUAGAAGAAUUAAGCACCGAUUAUGCAAAACAAAAGGAAGUGUAUAAUGGCUUACAAGAUGAAGAAAACGCACUUAAAGUAGGCAUAGAGUAUUCAUUAAGGGAAAUUAAGAGACUUGAAAGGCAAAAG